GCAGCUGUUAAACCGGAUCUUGCUCCACAACCCGGAUAGUCACCGGCGGCAGAGAUUUUCUUUUUAAGCUUUGCGCAAGUGUGCCUUCUAGUUAUGGUGUAGGCAGUGGUGUUUCCCCAACCAUGCUUAGAAUGCCAUCUCAGGGGACUGCAACCGACAGUGGAAGUCAGGACGAAGACAUGGGGGGGACGAAAAGAAAGAUUUCUCUUUCGAAUUGUGAUGUGUGCGCUUUCGGGGAGGCCAAGUACAAGUGCCCCGCCUGUCUCACAUAUUCAUGCAGUUUGCUUUGUGUGAAGAAACACAAAGAAGAAUCAAGAUGCAGUGGUGUUCGGAACAAAACCGCAUUCCUGAACAUUUCUCAAUUUGAUGAAAUUGCUCUACUCAGUGAUUACAGGUUUCUGGAGGACACAGGAAGGUUUGCUGGCGGUGCCCAAAGAGACAAUCUAAUUCGUGUUCCCCAUACUUCAAUGAGAGCAAAGAAGCUUAUAGUAAAUGCCAGAAAGAUGAACAUCAUGUUGAAAACCCUCCCGAGCACCUUCACCAAGAGUAAGGAAAACUCUACCAUCUUUAAUUCUAGAGAAAAACUUUUUCUUUGGCACAUGAAGAUUGUGUUCCCCCAGAGUGGUACAGAAUACACCCAGAAAAGGGUGUGUGACAGGCUAACUCUCGAAGAGAUCCUGAUGCCUUUUAUACACCCGACAGAGUCAGACCCUGCGAUACGCCAGAAGUUGAGGAGGUAUGUACAUGCCCCAAUUGAGGAUGUUAAUGUUUUCAUGAAGGCAGAAGGACAGAAAGCAAGCGCUGUCAGGUAUCACAAGAUGGAUUUACAGAAGAGCCUAAGAGACAACCUUAGCUCCAAAACACUGAUUGAGUAUCCUUCACUCCAUGUGGUACUAAGCGAUUUUUGGAAGGACUUUCCAGUGAAAGAACCAGCUGAGUCUGUAUCAGCCUACGAUAAGACUGAAGCUGUGGACCAUCCAAGUGACGACCUUACCUUAUGUUCCCCAUCCCUGCAUGGCUGUCACACAACAAGAGACAUCUUCACAGAAACACAAUUCUGCCCUGAAUCAUUGCCCCCACCAGAGAAAGGAGUAAAGAGAGAAUUAGGGGAAGAAGAGCUUGAAGAGGGAGAGAUUCCGGAUAGUGAGGAUGAAGAAAAGAAGGAAGAAAUUUCCAUGAAUAAUGCCACAUUGAUUAAGAUAUCUGAUGUUGCCAAUAGCAAUGAUUAACUAGUAGACAGUGUGGACAAAUAUAAUUGUGUUCACAAAGAUAUUGGCUUGGUGAUGACAAUGUAACUGCCUGAGAAAGGGCAGAGGUGAGCAUGACUGAGGACUAGGUUUGAAUGACACUUCAGUAGGCAGAAACGUUUUUCAGCUAUACACACUAUACAUAAAAUAAAUGAUUUGUUUACCCUU